CAUGCCAAACAAACAGGAAGUAGUGUUUUGCCGGCCGGAUGUUUUGUUCUGUCGUGGAUUGAAGGCAGAUUAACACCGAAGACCCGUUGAAGCAAUGUCGUUCUGUUCUUUCUUCGGUGGAGAGGUCUUUAAAGACCACUUUAAACCAGGGAUCUAUGUGUGCUCCAAGUGUGAACAUCAACUGUUCUCCAGCCGCUCCAAGUACGAGCACUCGUCCCCAUGGCCAGCUUUUACCGAGACCAUCCACGAUGACAGCAUUUCCAAACACGAGGAAAGACCAGGCGCAUACAAGGUGCGCUGCGGGAAAUGUGGAAACGGACUGGGUCACGAAUUUGUAAAUGACGGGCCAUCCAAAGGGCUGUCCCGCUUCUGAAUAUUCAGCAGUUCACUGAAGUUCAUCCCCAAAGAUAAGGUGGAUGGACAGUAAGUGAGCUGUCAUUAAGGAAUGCGGCAGGUCUGGAAGUUUCCCUGUGCCGCUGAAGGUGUGGACAGCGAAUGAAGUGUUCUGGGACAAAGCCCGGUCCGGGAGCACCAGAGCUCUGAUGAAUCCUGACUUCACUGGACAGCAAGGAUUACAGGACUUCUAUCUGUUUUUUGCACUUGUUUGCUAUGCAAUCACAAAUGAUGUAGCAACUAGUUUUGUCUCAUUAAGCAAACCUCUGCUUCUGGUAAAGAUAACCUUUUAGGAUUUUGAGAGCUCGUUCUGAGUGACAGAUCCCUUAUUUGACCAUAUUAUCUGUAUGUGGCUGCCUGAAUAUAAAAACAUAUCCAGCAGGACUGAAAUGUGAAAAGUUUGAUGAUCCAUUUUUUUUCACUGAAUGAUGCUCAAAAAUAAACAUAUUUUAAAAUACA